AUGAAACAAUUUACCAAUAAUGGAGUAUUAUUCAUGCUAGCACCAGCAUUUCUUAUUGCAUCAGAUUUUAUAGCUACCAAGUUUUCUGGUACCAAGGCUGCAACCCAAAUAACAUCUAAUAAGGGAGGGUCAAUAUUUAUGAAUCAUGUUUAUGGGUCAAAAUUUUACAAUACUAGCUUUAAGAGAUUCCCAGACCCUAACAAUUCUUCCAAUGGGAAAUGGUAG